AUGGAGCAACCAACCCCGCCGAAGCUGACCAUCCCGGCGUCGUCCGCAUCGCCAUCUGCCGCCAGCGCCAACACGCAGACCGGCCGGCCGCCGCUGUGGACCAAGUCGGCCCAGCGUAAGAUGACACGCCUCUACGUCUAUACCACGUUGCCGCUCGACACCAUCGUCAAGCUCGUUCACUGUCGCACGCCCGACUCGGCGCCUGGCAUCGACUCGGCAAACAAGAAGCUGAACGCGCUGCUCGACAAAGAGCCCCGAUGGCUUCAUCCACGCUCCAAGGCCGACAUGGGCCGCCGCGUUACGCAGCUCUCCAACUCGCCAGCUAGAUUAGCAUCGGCAUCGGCAUCGGACACAACAUCACCCCAACCCCCCAGCGACCCGACCCGUCUCUCACCCAGCCCAGGUGGUGUCAAGCUCGAGGCCAGCGCGAGUCCCAUGCCGUGGGACCUGUCACCUGUCAACCAUGGCCUGCCGAUCAGCCCGGCUCAGAGCCUACCUGUGCACCAGCGUACGACAUCCAGUACCCAAAUCUCUGCGGCGGCAUCACCAAUGCAGCCAGCUGGUGCCCAGGCGUACGGGCCGGAUGCUUCAGAUGAAGGCGUCUUCAACUCGUUUCUCCGUCGCACUACAUGUCUCUCGUCCUCGACCGACCGCACCACCGGCUCUUUCCAUCGUGUCCUGUCUGACUACACCGAACCGUAUAUACAGACUGUCAAGAGGCUCGUCAAGCGCUUCACCGCUCCAAUGAGCAGCAGAGUCAGCAUAUCGCCCAUCUCGGCUGGCGUAACCCCGCGACAUCUAUGGCUGGAUGAUCGUCACGGUCCACAGGCUUUUGAUGGCGAACCCCACCCGCUCCCUGGCGACUUUCUCUGGCUGGACAUGUGUCAGCGGGAGAUAGCUCUUGGCUUUGCCCCGGAAGCUCAUCAACAGAUGCGCUGCACGUGCCUGCCCAUGUUUGGAUCCUACGAGUCAGCAUGGGUGACGGCUUUGGGCCUGACGCCCGUCGGCCAACGCAUCUUGACUUCGGGGCCUAGUCGUGCCGACAUCAGCAAGCGCGACUCCGCAGGUAACACGGUUUUGCAUUUUUUGGCCGCUCGCGGGUCGUUCGAGGCUCUUCUUCGGAUCCUCCAAGCCGAUGUCUGCCACCCGAUCCUCGAUGCUAGAAACUCUGGCGGCCAAACAUUCCUUCAUACGAUACGCCGCGCCGAACUCCAAGAUCUGGGACGGCUUUUUCGGCUCCUCGAAGUUGUGUCUGAAAAGGGCGCCGACAUAUACGCACAGGAUGUCUACGGGCGCAACUUCUUUCACAUCUUGCACAUGGAACACAUCGAUGCUGCCGUCAUGCGCUUUAUAAUGCAGCGGUACGAGGCAUCCCGGUACCGAAAAAGAGACGCGUUCGGCAUUGUGCCCCAGUCUGCGGACGAGAUGGAACUUGACGGUCCACCAACCAACUAUGCUUGCAGAAUUAGCCAUGAAUUCGCCAUCGAAGAGGAGGCGCGUCUUCUGCUGCAUGUUUGCACGGCACAAAAUCAGCCUUGGUUGGAGAACGACGACGGUGGCAACGGCCUUCACUCUCUCGCCAUGGCCACGCUUAGCAACGCAAGUGUAUUACAGAAGUACCAGCUUGUACCGGGCAGCGACGAGGCGUUUACUGCGUUGUCGAAUCAGUUUGAUAACUCUCUGGACUCGUGGGAAGCGAGGCUGGUUUUCCGCCACCAGCUCGUGACUGGGCUGCUCGACGUGGGGGUGGAUGUGAACCAGUACGACGGAAACGGCAAUACACCGCUGAUGGUGUUUGUUGCCGAGCUUCCGGAGGAGAACGACUACAAGACCGGACCCAAGAUUAUCGACGAACUCAUAAACAGGGGCGCCAAUAUCCGAGCGCGGAACCGGGCUGGCGAGACAGCUCUGCACAUUGCGGUCCGGUGCGGGCGCAAGCUGGCGAUGAAGGCGCUCGUCAACCACGGCGCCAACGUCCAUGCCAAGGAUGCCGAUGGCCGGAGCGUUCUGGAUGUGGCAGACGCUAAGAUGAUGAACUCUCGAGACGAUGAUCCAAGCGAUUACGCGCACUAUGAGGCGUGCCGCGCCUGGCUCAGCAGUUCGAAGGGGCUUGCUGUGCAGAGGCCGACGAUUGUUGAUGAAUGGGGACUUUGA